UAAAAUUAUGGUGCUCUCUCCAUUGGUUCGUCAGUGAAUGUUAUUAUUUGUAAUGGCUGUCAUUACCAUACUAUUUUUCUUAUGGUUUUUUCAUUGUUGUGAUUUAUAUCAUUGUUGUGAUUUAUAUUGUAAAGAUGAUUCAGAUUCUUACCACUCUCAGCUUGAAAUCUCACCUUACCCACCUACAAACACACAAGUAGAACACAUUAUUUUUAACACUUGUGCACAGCUACAUAUAUACGUGUAUCUCUCAUGGAAAGUACUUGACAGGCAGAAAGCUAAGAGCCAUCUUUCUACUGACAGUAAGACCUGGUGCCUCUUGCAUGUCCAGAUGAUCUUCAUUCCCAUCAGGGCAUAUUCUUCGACCAGAUCCAGACGGCAAGAACUCAAAAUGUAGCCCUUUGAGGUCGAUGGAGCUAUUUUCAAAUCUCUCAGGUAGGAUUUUAUCCGGCUCCUUCCAACUGCCCAAGCAUUGACUAGGAUCAGUGUUCUGGGAUAAAUGUUGUGGCCGCUGAUGUUAAAUUGUGAAGUAGACUCUCUGGCACUCCACUUUAGAGGAAAUUCUACAAAAUAAAAAAAAAAUAAAGAAAAAUUGUUUUCAUGAUAUAAGCAAGGAGGAAUGAAAUUGAGUAAUUGACAUAUAUCUAACAUGUUUUGGUUUAUAUUUUAUGCAGUUCAGUACUCUCCUUCCCAGAGAGGUGGUGUGAAUACUGUAUGUUUCCUUAUAAUUUAAAUAGUUGAUUCUCAUUUCUCAAA